UUCUCACACCAAGUAUUAGUGUCUUGACAAGUUUUCAGCUCUGUUGCAAUUCCCUCUUCCACCAUUUUGCUAGCAAACUCACAUUUUUAUACUCAAUCCAAUUCAGAAAAAAACUCUUACAAAAGUUCAUAUAGCUUUUCAUGGAGCCUUCAAGUUAUUAAGGAAAUUGUACCAAACAAAAUUCUAUUGUGUUCGCCUAGAAGUGGAGGCUUGAAUUAACAUUUGUUUGGAAAUUGUUGCUUGUUUAACCACAACAAUGGCAUUGGCUCUUACUCCAACAGUUGUCUUUGGCUCAAUAGCCUUUGCAGUUUUCUGGGUUCUAGCAGUUUUCCCAUGUGUGCCUUUUCUACCCAUUGGGAGAACUGCAGGGUCCCUACUAGGUGCAAUGUUUAUGGUCAUAUUCAAAGUUCUUAAUCCAGAUCAAGCUUUUGCUGCAAUUGAUCUCCCAAUUCUUGGUCUUCUUUUUGGGACAAUGGUUGUUACUGUUUUUCUUGAAAGAGCAGACAUGUUCAAGUACUUGGGGAAAUUGCUCUCUUGGAAAAGCCAAGGACCAAAGGACUUACUCUGUAGAAUUUGUUUAAUUUCAGCUAUAUCAAGUGCCUUUUUCACCAAUGACACAUCUUGUGUUGUAUUGACUGAAUUUGUGUUGAAAAUAGCAAGGCAACAUAACCUCCCACCUUACCCUUUCCUUCUUGCACUAGCUUCAAGUGCUAAUAUUGGAUCCUCAGCAACCCCAAUUGGGAACCCCCAGAAUCUAGUUAUAGCUAUUCAAGGUAAAAUAUCAUUUGGGAGCUUUCUCACUGGUAUUCUUCCAGCUAUGCUUGUAGGAGUUGUGGUGAAUGUUGUAAUUCUUAUAGCCAUGUAUUGGAAGGUGUUAACUAUUCAUAAGGAUGAAGAGGAUCCAAUUUCAGAAGUUGCUGAAGAGGAGUUUGUUUCCCAUCAGUUUUCUCCAGCCACAAUGUCACAUUGUGCAUCCUUUAAUUCUCAUGAAUGCAAUGACAGUCUAGAACCUACUAAUGGUCUUCAAAACCCUUCUCAAGUACAUCCUAUCAGAAACCAAACAACUCCAAGUGUAACUGAAGUUCAGAUGGUUCUUAGUAGCACAAAGGAUUCCACAACAAAUGCAUCCAAGAUGGGGACAAAUGAUGCAAAGGAGGAAACUAAUCCUUCAAAAGUUGUUGCAAUAGUAGUAGAUAAACCUAUAGAAGCACAUGUUAUGCACUCUUCACAAGGAAAGGUGGACUAUUUGAGAAAAAAAUGGAAAAGGAUAGUGUGGAAAUCUUGUGUUUAUGCAAUCACGUUGAUAAUGGUGAUUGCAAUGCUUCUUGGUGCAAAUAUGGCAUGGGCUGCAAUUGCAGCUGCAAUAACUUUGGUGGUUCUUGAUUUCAAAGAUGCAGGGCCAAGCAUAGACAAGGUCUCUUAUUCACUGUUGAUAUUCUUUUGUGGAAUGUUUAUCACAGUAGAUGGAUUCAAGAAAACUGGAAUUCCAGGUGCUCUUUGGGACUUAAUGGAGCCUUAUUCUCGAAUAGAUCAUGCUAGUGGAAUAGCUAUACUGGCUAUAGUUAUACUUCUUCUAUCAAAUUUGGCUUCAAAUGUACCAACUGUUCUAUUGCUUGGAGCACGAGUUGCAGCCUCAGCUGCUACUGUUUCCAAAGAAGAUGAGAAGAGAGCAUGGCUAAUCUUGGCUUGGGUGAGCACCAUAGCAGGGAACUUUUCACUAUUAGGAUCAGCUGCAAACUUGGUAGUGUGUGAACAAGCUCGCAAAGCUCCAAACAUUGGAUACACGUUAACCUUUUGGACCCACCUAAAAUUUGGCCUUCCUUCCACUCUUAUAGUCACUGCUAUUGGGUUGACACUCAUAAAAUGAUAAAAAAAAAAAAACCCUACUAAAUUUUUAAGAAUCCUAUCAGAGAAAUUUACACCAGAAAAAUCGGUUUAUUGUAUAUAAUAUAUUCUAAGGCUAUGUUAGAAAAGUUUGUUUAGGAAUUAUUUAAAAUUUCAACUUGUAAAAUAAAUGUCAGUUUAGGAAUUAUGUGAAAUAUUACUAAUACACUGCUUUGGUUCCUUAGUUAACUUUCUCUAUGAUAGCUCUAGUUAGUGCACUCACAUCACAUGUUACCCUUUUUCAUCUUUAUGUCCCUCGUGUUGCCAUGAUCUGAAAAGCUUCUUAUCAAAGGUUAGGGGGUUGGUUUUGAACAUAUUUUAAGAGAUUAAACGAAGUAAACGUGUGGAUAAACAUGUCCAUUCUGUA